UGACGGACCAAGUGUAAAAUAAGGGUCAGGGAAUUGCUCGUAGAAAAAUCUGACACGUCCGCUGAUCGUCACACUGGAGACGGAUCGUCUGCGUACAGAAGUCAAAUCAAAACCAUCCCUCGGUUCUGUGAGCAAAGACCAUCAAUCAGUCUCCGCUUAACCUUUAGAAGACACACGGAAGUGUAAUUCCGCGUCAACGCUUUUACUUAUUUUUGUUGACAACAUGGCUGAGUUUAGCAUCGACAAGAAUAAACUCCCUGGAGUGAAAGAGGUGUGCCGAGACUUUGCAGUGCUGGAAGAUCACUGUCUGGCCUACAACCUCCAGGAACAAGAAAUCGAGAGCCACUUGGCAUCCAAUGUCCACAAAAGUCGUCUGGUGCAGCAGGACCUGCAGGUGGCCAAGAAGCUUCAGGAAGAGGAAGAUCUGAAGGCCAAAGCCCAGACCAAGAAACAGCACAUUGAAAUUGAGCGCCAAGACAAUGAGAUCGCCCAGGAAAUUCAGGAACAACUGGUCCGACAGGCAGAACAACUACGACGACAGCAAGAAGAGAAGGAUGCAGCCAUUGCUCGUAAGCUGCAUGAGAAGGAGAUGAAAGAGGAAAGGAGGAGGCAAAAGCAGCUGGAAGCAAACUUUGAGGAGGAGUACUUUGAGGAUCAUGGAGGUCGUAUUGUGCACCGAGGGAGUGGCACAGUAGUAUCUGAAACUGAGUAUGAUCUAAGCGAGACCACCAAGGGUAUGGCCAAAUUGGAUCUCCGUGAGCAAGAGCUUAAGGACAUGGAGGUGGCCAGAAGACUGCAGGAGGAAGAACUCAAGGCCAGCAAGGAACCUUUGCGUACAGCCCAAGUGGCACAGGAUGAGGAAAUUGCACGACUGCUGAUGGAGCAAGAAAAGAAAGAGUAUAAGAAAAAUCGAGAACGGGAAAAAGAGAGGGAACGAGAGAAAGAGAGAAUGGAAAGGAGGCGGCAAGAGGGAGACUACAGGCCAAACGCUGAGGAAGUUGUCCGACCUAAAACCCGAGAGGAGUAUGAAUACCAGAGACAGAAAAAUCACCACAAGCCCACCAGGCCUCAGCACCCUCGUACACAUGAGUAUGAGAAUGUGAGUUACAGCUACUCAGACCACCAUGUUGCUCCCCGUGGCCCAUCCAGACCCGAGGCUUAUAGUAAAGGUGCCUAUUACAAGCGGUGACUCAGGCUGCCAACAGUGUCUGCGUGCUUUUUUUUUUUUUUUUUUUUUUUGGAACACCCCCUCCCCCAGCCAUUGACCAAAGGCCUUGGGAUUGGGACAAUCUACUGAAUUGGUAAUGGGACUUCUCUGUUUUUUUUGUUUUUUUUGUUUUAUUGUCCCCUUCGUAGUUUAUGUAGGAGGUGGCACUGAGUGCUGAAACCACACUUUUUACUUUUUUAAUUUAAUGUUUAUUUUAUCUGACCCAUCAUCAAGACAAGCCCUGCUUUCUGACAGACUCCCAUGAUUCUUAGUUGUUAGUGUAGAGGAGCGCCAUCCUUGUUAGCUGUGGUCAUCGUGUGCUGAUGUUUGUCACCUCUGUGAACCGUGCUGUCACAAGGGCUUAAAGCCGCCGCUGGACAGAACUGUGAAUCUGCAUUCCUUGCAACUCUUCACAGGAUGUGCCUGUCUCCUCCAACACGGCUGCCACAGUGUCUUAGUUGCGCACACUCACAUGGCAGCAGCUUUGCACCUCAAAGAUAUGCAGGUCCUCGCUGUACCACACCGUGUGAAGUGGGGGGGCUGGCUCUUCCUCCUUUAUCCAGAUGCUGGUUGCUUUGGCGCGUUCACCACCUGCCUCCAGCGCAGAAGAGGUGGAGCUUUUUUGAUGACUCGCCAACUUUUAACUGGCUGCAGGCUGUGACUAUUUCUGCUUGCAAGGGACGUUUUAAUCUCAUUACUCAUAAAAGGACGAUGAAGGGAUGUUUGACUGUCCAUGUAUGACUUGCUGUUUCUAUGUGCAUGCUUACUGAAAGUGUACAACUGUGUACAUGCAUUUCAGCUUUAUCGUAGAUUGUCCUGCUUUCUCUGGCAACAGCAGAAGCCACAAAGAAAUAAAACUUUGGGAAACAAGGAAACUGCUGUAAAACAUUAUUACUCCCAUCCUAUAUCAAAUCAUUAUUUGUGAACUAAAAUGGUUGUGUGCCAAACCUGUUUUUAUGGUAACAAAAUGGAAUGCAUGUGCAUUGCUUGUCUAUAUGAAAACUGAAUUCAUGCGUUUGCUGACGCCACAGAUGUUUGUGUGAUUUUUUUUUUUUUUUUAUUUAAGUGUAUAUAUCUGCUUUUUUUUUAAGUAUUUUUAUCAUUUAUACGAUAUUGUAUUACUCAUCAUGGAAGUUACAGGAAUUUCUUUGGUCUCUCUAUCUUGUCAUAGCAUGUUAAAACAUUAGUUUGCACAAUAUCAACUGAUUAUCUUAGUUUCUGUUCCCUUCAGCUUCCCUACUGUCCUCUGUCCAAAAAUGUGGGCAUCAUUUCCUGCCUGUGGUAAAGGCAAACUUUCCUAGUGCAAAGCCAGACAUGGCAUCAGUUGGGAAAACUGGCAUGAAAAACAUUUCUGUUGAAAGGGAAAACUCUAACACUGUUGCCAGAUUGGUGGAACAGAUAUCAAUUUUACAGUAAAAUCAUGCAAAUGCUGGUACAAGCACCAAAUUUGGCAUCAUGAAUCCCAAGAUAGUACUUAGUAAAUCUGGGCGAUUAGCCACUUGAAAACCCAAGAUGUUGGCCCUUUUCCAAGAUGACCACCAAAAUGUCACUUAUUACAAUGAAAUCCAAGAUGGCACCUAAUUUCAUGAUGGCUGCCAAAUAUACCACAAAAUCUUUUUUUCCCCCUCACAAAAUUGUCAUUACUUGUUUUGUGUGAUCUUUCUGUGAAAUUGUAGUUUUUUGGGGGGCAUGCUUGAUUUAAUUUUUAAUGUUGAAACAAUUAUAUGACCUCUUAGUGGCAUAAAUUGCUAUUUGUCUGUUGUGCCUGCAGAUAUUAAAAACUACAGUUAUAUUCAACACUUUACAGCUUUUAAUAGGCCUACAUCCAAUAGUUUGAAGAGAUGAGAGUGUUCCAAAUGUGGCGGGUGGAACCCAUUAAUACUAAAUGUAAUAAACUUCACUCUAUUAUGUCUGUGUGCCAAAUUAAAUAUUAGAAAUGG